AUCGUUGACACAUGUCGCCGCUCGCGUCAUGUCGGCAUCCAACAGGAGGAGAUUAGGUUAGCACGGUUCGUAGUAUUGAUGAUUUCAAAGUUUCUGAAAUCGAACGAAGUAUCGAAAGAACGGGGAAUACAAGUAAGAAGAGAACCUCGCCGUGUUCUAAAGAGAACGGCUAGAAGAAGGAGAAUAAAUCGAGAAUGGGAUUUCUCGUUGUUCUUAGACGCGAGGCCACGCCAUCUGAAUAACAAUUGAUCUAAUUUACGUCGAGAUAAGCCUUCCUCGCGAACAACCCGAAUCACGUUCUGCUCUUCCGUCGCUCUUCAACUUCGCCUCCUAGCACCGGUGAUGUAAUUCUGCAGGGUGAGACGAAACACGCAAACUCCCUGGACAUGUUCGCACUCACAACGUGAACGAGGAUGCAAACGAUGCUGCAGGCUCGUCGGGAACGCUCUCAGAAACGCAAGAAACUCCUGGCCCAAACGUUGGGAGUUUCAAGCGUAGACGAACUGCGGCAGAUUCUGGGAACAGAUGUUGAGGACACGCAGAAGAAGAGAGGCAAGCUCUCCAAUGACAAGCCCGACAGCACGGUAAAAGAUUUGAAAGAUGAUGUUCCAACUGAUGAGAUUGUAUAUAAGGAUUCCUCAACGUUCUUGAAGGGAACGCAGUCAUCGAAUCCACACAAUGACUACUGUCAGCAUUUUAUUGACACCGGCCAACGGCCGCAGAAUUUUAUCAGAGACGUGGGUCUGGCAGACAGAUUCGAAGAGUAUCCGAAACUGCGUGAACUGAUCAAAUUGAAGGAUGACCUAAUUGCAGAGACUGCGACUCCACCAAUGUAUCUAAAAACAGACCUGCUGUCCUAUAACCUGAAAGAGCUCAAUUGUAAAUUUGAUGUCAUUCUUAUAGAACCACCUCUGGAAGAGUAUCAGAGAACAUGCGGCGCGACGAAUGUACAACUUUGGAACUGGGAUCAAAUAAUGGAAUUAGAUAUCGGUGAGGUGGCCGCCAAUCGGAGCUUCGUGUUUUUAUGGUGUGGUAGCAGCGAUGGAUUAGACAUGGGACGAUUUUGUCUACGUAAGUGGGGUUUCCGUCGUUGCGAGGAUAUCUGUUGGAUCCGCACGAAUAUCAACAAUCCAGGUCACAGCAAAAAUCUGGAUAGUAAAGCUGUACUUCAAAGAACAAAGGAGCACUGUUUGAUGGGUAUCAAGGGAACGGUGCGACGCUCUACAGACGGAGACUUUAUCCAUGCCAACGUCGAUAUUGACCUCAUCAUAUCCGAGGAACCUGAUUAUGGAUCCAUCGAGAAACCUGUAGAGAUUUUUCACAUCAUUGAGCAUUUCUGCCUCGGCCGAAGAAGGUUACAUCUAUUUGGUCGUGAUAGCACCAUUAGACCUGGCUGGCUUACUGUCGGUCCGGAACUAACAAACACUAAUUUCAAUGCGGACCUCUAUCAGAGUUACUUCACCAAUGGUCAAAUCACUACUGGUUGCACCGAAAGGAUAGAAGCACUCAGACCGAAGUCACCGCCGCCAAAGGGGAAAGUAUCCGGCCGAGGAAGAGGAGGCUUCAAUCGUGGCAGAGGCAGAGGGAGAUAAAUAAGUCAGGAUCUUAUAUUGUACGUCUUUCGAACAUUAUUAUAGAUGUAAAAAUAUAGCUGUAAAAAAAAACCUGAAAAUAUAAAUACAUAAAUAAUUAUGAAGA